GAACACAACCCUAUAGCCUCUGCUCCCUAAGAAACAUCUCUCUUUUCCCUUUAUUCUUAAGAAGCCUCUUUAAUCUUUUCACAGCAUCGUAUCUGAAUUUAUUCUUUUAAAUCUUGUUAUUAGUAAUUCACUCUUGAAGUUAUAAUUAUGGCUCCUGAACUCGUUGCAUCAGGUGUAAAACCAACUAAUUUUGUUCAGCCAACUUCUUUCUCGGGCAGGGCCUUCGUAACAUUCUUGGCUGGAAAUGGUGACUACGUGAAGGGUGUUGUUGGGUUAAUUAAGGGUUUAAGAAAGGUGAAAACUGCAUAUCCUCUUAUAGUGGCGGUGCUGCCGGAUGUCCCGGAGGAGCACCGCCGCAUACUGGAGGAUCAAGGCUGCAUUGUUAAGGAAAUUGAGCCGGUAUACCCACCUGAUAACCAGACCCAAUUUGCCAUGGCGUAUUAUGUCAUCAACUAUUCCAAGCUUCGUAUAUGGGAGUUUGUGGAGUACAGUAAAAUGAUAUACUUGGAUGGUGAUAUUCAAGUAUAUGAUAACAUUGACAGCCUCUUUGACUUGCCUGAUGGCCAUUUCUAUGCUGUAAUGGAUUGUUUCUGUGAGAAAACAUGGAGUCACACACCGCAGUACAAUAUUGGGUACUGCCAACAGUGCCCGGAAAAAGUGAAGUGGCCGGCGGAGAUGGGUCUUCCACCUUCCCUUUACUUCAACGCUGGGAUGUUUGUGUUUGAGCCGAGUCUUGCAACCUAUGAGGACCUCUUGAAGACUCUAAAAAUCACUCCUCCCACUCCUUUUGCUGAACAGGAUUUCUUGAACAUGUAUUUUAAGGAUAUAUAUAAGCCGAUUCCUAAUGUGUACAACCUUGUUCUUGCAAUGUUAUGGUGUCAUCCGGAGAAUGUUGAGCUUGACAAAGUGAAGGUUGUGCAUUACUGUGCAGCGGGUUCAAAGCCUUGGAGAUACACAGGAAAAGAAGUGAACAUGCAAAGAGAAGACAUAAAAAUGCUGGUGAAGAAGUGGUGGGAAAUUUACGAUGAUGAGACAUUGGAUUACAAGAAACCAGAGCCGGUGGUGUCCGAUGGAACCCGUCUGGAGGCGGUGGCUUUGCAGCCACUGGUUGCAGCAGCUAUGACGGAGGCGAAGGCAUCGGCCGUGCACUACGUGGCAGCUCCAUCUGCUGCUUAAUAAAACAUAAUAGCAGUUUCCAUAACUCUCCUAAGUCGAGAGGGAGAUAGGAAAGGCUAAGUUGUUGAUAUUGUGGGUUUCAUUCUUGUGAAAAUUAAUGAUAUUUAGAGUUUGUACUGAUAUCAAAGCGCUGUACUGGAAGAACACAUAUUAUGCUUUCAGUAAUGCUAAAUCUUAUCAUUUAGUUGA